AUGAUCCGGGCCAUCCCCGCGAACGCGAGUGACAACAUCUACUGCACGCUGCUGGCGCACGGGGCAGUGCACGGGGUGAUGGCCGGCUACACCGGCUUCAUUAAGAUAACACAGAAGCCCAACAGCAUCUCUCUCACUGACCGCAUGUGGGCGCGCCUCCUCGCCGCCACCUCACAGCCCUCCUUCCUUCGCAUCGACUCCACCGCCACCGCUGCCACCGCCGCCACCACUGCCGUUUCUGCUGGUGCUGAUGGUGCUGCGGCUGGGUCGUCUCAGGCGCCGGGAGGGGGUGUGAUUGAGGGGGAGUAUGGGGAGGUGGUCUUGGGGGAUGUGGGGUUGGCGGCGAGUUAUGCUCGGGAAGAGGAGGAGGAUGGUGCAGGGGUGGUGCGGAGUGUGUUGGAAGAGCUUGGGGAGGACAUGGGGAUGGAUGAGUUGGAUGUGGUGGUUGGGGUUGGAAGGAGCGGGUAUGCUGCUUCACAUGCAGCUGCUUUUGAAACAGAUGAUGAGGCAGCAAAAAACGCUGGGGAUGGAGUGGAGGGAGGUUUUCAAAAAUGA